GCAUUUUACUUUCUAUGUAAAUAUUGGGAAACAAUAUCCCAUGUGUCGUGUUGUUCAGGGGCUGGCUGGGAACCAUACCGCAUUUGACGGUACAGUGGACCCGCAUACUAUCAGGAUUAUCUGGAUUCUAUCUGCCAUGCACCUACAAUACCUAAUGUCAGAACAGGUCUUCUUUUUCUUAAUGCAUGCGUAAAAUAUCACAGAACCCCAUGAUGAAAAAGAUUUAUCAACUAGGUCUCCCAGCCUUGCUAAGAUCAACUCCGAGACAUUCCCGGCCUGCAGAAUUCGGAGCCAGGGUUCUGAGCUUCGGCACGCCGGCAUCGUUUCGUGCCAGAGCCUUGCCACUGCUCACACAGUCAACAAGAAUUAUUACCAACACCCGGUUGCGUUCUUAUUCCUGCAAGUCCGACUUACCUACUUCUAGCAAGACGAAGACGCGCGUAUGCGGAUCUAAUCCUCCGUCGCCUUCGUCGAUCUCGUUUUGGUCAUCAUCCUCGACAUGGCGACGAGCUUCCAUCAACACCGUCCGAUGUCUAAUCGGCUGCACCAGUGGCGAUUUUUCCGCCAUGUGGUUUCUUCAAAUUUACUUGCCCGAGCUAGGGGCAGGGACGAUUAUGGGCGUUGCGAGUAAGUACGUCAUUCGAACAGCCCCCAAAGGGCUCCGCAGGACGUGCAUGCUGACCCCCCUUAUUAAGUGGCUUGCGGUCUCACGACGUCGAUGGCCCUUGAGACGAUUCUGCUCCGUCUCGGCCGCGACGGGCUGUCUUGGCCAUCCGCAGCGAAAACCGCAGCAGGGAUGAGUUUAAUUUCCAUGCUCACCAUGGAGGCAGCACAGAACGUGGUCGACUACCACCUGACUGGCGGGGCCGUCGCGUUCGAUUCUCCAGCUUUCUGGUCUGCAGCGGUGAUCGCCAUGUCGGCUGGCUUCUUGGCACCUCUCCCGUACAACUAUUUGCGCCUCAGGAAGUAUGGCAAAGCCUGUCAUUGAAUCUAAGGUUCGGUCCGUCGGGAUACAGUGGAGGGCGGGCUGUGUUGGUAAUUGCCCAAUAACGUUGUUGCCCUAUAGGUGGACGACACGCACGGAGGGGAAAAUAGAUAAGG